GCAGGUAAGAAUUUGUCCAAGUGGACUGCCAGCUGCCGAUCUCACUGUUGACAGUAAAAGCAGAUAUGUUCCUUGCUCACUGCCAUUAGCACUGACCAUGACCCUUCACACCAAAACCUCUGGAGUUACCCUGCUGCACCAGAUUCAAGGAACUGAACUGGAGACACUGAGCAGACCUCAGCUGAAGAUUCCCCUGGAAAGAUCGCUCAGCGACAUGUACGUGGAGACCAACAAGACAGGAGUUUUUAACUACCCAGAAGGAGCUACCUAUGAUUUCGGUACUACAGCUCCAGUGUACAGCUCUACUACGCUCAGUUACGCCCCUACUUCUGAAUCUUUUGGGUCCAGCAGUUUGGCAGGAUUUCACUCACUGAACAGUGUCCCACCAAGCCCGGUGGUGUUCUUGCAAACGGCACCCCAGCUCUCACCCUUCAUCCAUCAUCACAGCCAACAGGUACCCUAUUACCUUGAAAACGAUCAGGGCAGCUUUGGAAUGAGGGAAGCUGCUCCUCCAGCCUUCUACAGGCCAAGCUCUGAUAACAGACGCCACAGCAUCCGGGAGAGGAUGUCCAGUACCAGUGAGAAAGGGAGCCUGUCCAUGGAGUCCUCCAAAGAAACCCGGUACUGUGCUGUCUGCAACGACUACGCUUCAGGCUACCAUUAUGGGGUCUGGUCUUGCGAGGGAUGCAAAGCUUUCUUCAAAAGGAGUAUUCAAGGGCACAAUGACUACAUGUGUCCUGCUACUAAUCAGUGCACCAUUGACAAGAACAGAAGAAAGAGUUGCCAGGCUUGUCGACUGAGAAAAUGCUAUGAAGUGGGAAUGAUGAAAGGUGGAAUCCGGAAAGACCGCAGAGGUGGACGAGUGAUGAAGCAAAAACGUCAAAGAGAGGAGCAGGAUUCCAGAAAUGGGGAGACUUCUUCAACAGAGCUGCGAGCUCCCACCCUUUGGGCGAGUCCACUGGUGGUUAAACAUAACAAGAAGAACAGUCCGGCCCUAUCCCUGACGGCAGAACAGAUGGUCAGUGCCUUGCUGGAAGCUGAGCCACCACUAGUUUAUUCUGAAUAUGACCCAAAUAGACCAUUCAAUGAAGCCUCUAUGAUGACCCUGUUGACCAACCUUGCAGACAGAGAAUUAGUGCACAUGAUCAACUGGGCAAAAAGAGUUCCAGGAUUUGUGGAUUUAACACUCCAUGAUCAGGUUCAUCUACUGGAAUGUGCUUGGUUAGAGAUACUGAUGAUCGGCUUAGUCUGGCGCUCCAUGGAACACCCAGGAAAGCUUUUAUUUGCACCUAACCUAUUACUGGACAGGAAUCAAGGGAAAUGUGUGGAGGGCAUGGUGGAAAUCUUUGACAUGCUGCUGGCUACUGCUGCUCGGUUUCGCAUGAUGAACCUUCAAGGGGAGGAAUUCGUGUGCCUUAAGUCCAUCAUCCUGCUCAAUUCUGGUGUGUACACUUUUCUUUCCAGCACCUUGAAAUCUCUAGAAGAAAAAGACUAUAUUCACCGUGUCCUGGACAAAAUCACAGACACUCUGAUUCACUUAAUGGCUAAGUCAGGUCUUUCUCUGCAGCAGCAACACAGACGACUGGCUCAGCUCCUCCUCAUCCUCUCUCACAUCAGACACAUGAGCAACAAAGGAAUGGAGCACCUGUACAAUAUGAAGUGUAAGAAUGUAGUUCCACUCUAUGAUCUCUUGCUGGAGAUGCUGGACGCUCACCGACUGCAUGCCCCAACAGCCAGGAGUGCUGCACCAAUGGAAGAGGAGAACCAGAGCCAGCUGACAACUGCAUCAGCUUCAUCUCAUUCCUUGCAGUCUUUUUAUGUAAACAGCAAAGAAGAGGAAUAUGCAGAAUACAAUAUAAGCAGAAGUCAGAAUAUAUAAUGGUAUGAGAAACCCAGCAGCAUUCUACCUAGCUCAUGCUUCAUUUUGUCUAUAGUGCCACCUUUGAAAACACUCCAGUGACAGCAGCACCUGUAUUUUUCAUUUGAGUGUUUGUCAAGCGGUUACUUAAACUGAUUGCUUAUCCUAAAUGGAAGACAUUUCAUUGCUGUGGACAGCUAGCAAGGAUUGUCAGGCUAACUUGAUUUAAAAUUUGCAGUGUUUUUAUUUAAUUUUGCACGUAAGUUUGAUGAGUCCUAAUCUAAACCGUACAUUAAUUUUACUUUAAAUUGAUAGGGGAUAUCACUCAUGCAUAUUGGAAUUUUCAUGAGUGGUAGCCUUUGUUGAUAUCCACCCAAAAUCCUGAGCUCGUUUAAUCCUUUACUUGCUUGAAACUUUUAAGCAAUUUGGUAGAGAUUCUGGAUGAGAUUUGGGGGGGUGUAAAUAGAAAGUUGUCUGGCAUCUUAGUGUGCUGUAGUGAAACUGCAUUGCUAGGGACUGCCUUGGUAGUUAGAUUCCUGCCUCUUUUCUUCCUACAGUAGAAAGAAACCCCUGUCUGAGAAUAAUGCUUUACCUUGCUGGCUUACAUCAGCAGACAACUCCAUCUCAAGCUCAUUCUGACCAAACUUUUAGGUACCCUUACCAUAUCCUCUAGAUGAAUUGCAUUGCAUGCAUCCUAUCUUGUCUGAUCCUAGAAAGCUAAAUUGUUCUGUUGCUCAACAGUGUAAGUCCAGGGCAGUGUGGCAAACAGUGAUAACAUAGAUAAUCGCUCUUGAAUCAGAUGAGAUGAUUACAAAAAUCAUCAGGUCGUUAAAAGAAGGUCUUCACACACCUACAGGAUCCAGUACUAUUUAUAAAAAAAUAUCCCCCUGUCCUGUGCUUUGCUGUGCUACAAAGCAAGGGGUGAGGAUGUCUUUGGCUCUCGUUGUGGCAUGCUUUGAAAGCACUGUUAAGAGCCAGCUCACCUGCAACACCAGAACUGGGCAAUGAGCCUCAGACAUGGUGAAGUCUCUGGGACUGCAUGUCCAGGAAGAUAAAUCUGUCUUUCUCCAUGCAUGUCUGUAACUCACAAGCAUAUUCCUAAGGAUUAGUUUGAUUCCUCAGACAAACUGUAAAUAUAUAAAAGGUCCACUCACAUCAAGUUUCAACAAGACAUAAAGGAGAGAGACUGAAGAAAUAUAUAUGAUGUGCUAUCCAAACUAGGAGUUGGUGCUGUUGUUUGAUUGCCUCUAUGUUAGAAAAUUAAACAUGUUAGGGAAUGUUGCUGGGUACUGGAAUGUGAUUAUUACAUAUGCCAGGGAUAUUUUACUAGUCUGGUAAUAUACUUUGCCUGUGCUAUCUGCACUUGUGGUUGACAGGUGCAGUUUGGGAGUUAGCACAGACUAGAGACUAUUCCAAUAGCUGGUUGGAAGCAACCACCCUGCCAGUGAGGAUGUUUCAUAGCAUGUGUGUAGGCUGCUCCACAGCAGGUGGACACAAUGCUAGAGAAAGGGUUCAUGGAUGCUUCUUUUACUGCUAUAGUUGAAAUCUUUAUAUUAGAUUAUGUUGAUUGGAAUAUCCUGUAGUAACUAAAUAUAGGAAAUAGUGCAACGAAUGCUGUUCAGGAGUGCCUAUAUCUGAUUAUGCUCCCUGUCACACAAGCAGAGUCUUUGUGCAGUGAGAUCAAGUUAUAUAGCAAUUGUGAAGGCAGCAAGGCAUAGGAUGAGUUUGUGCUCCAAGUCAAGAAUUCUUUAAUGAAUGUACAUAAUGAUGUCUAUAAUAGUUUCAUGUACAUAUCUGAGGAUAUGCACAGUUUAGAAGUCUAAAGCUAGAUGCUACCUACAUUUGAGAAGAUUCCUCAAAAACUGUACAAGCCUAAAUAUGUGAUACAGUCACUGUAAGUUAAUAGGCCUUUUAUUGAUGCAUAGUGUCUUUUUAUCCUGAAAGUACUGAAAGUUUUGUCUUUUUAUGUAUUCAGUAAAAGUGCGUGUGUGUGUGUGUGUGUGCGCGUUAAUUUGGUACCUAAGGGCUUUCGGAAGGGUCCUAAAUGCCAUGAAAGAAGAUGGACAUUUUGGGUUUAUUUAGUAGCUGUUUCUCAAAUGUGUUCGAAAAACCAUGAAUGCCUUGAAAUGAGUGCAGGCUAAGAUCUGAAUGGAGCACAGGAAUCCCUGUAGUUAAAUUUAUGUGCUUACACCGUCUUCAUUCACUUGUAGCCCAGUGUGUGUUAGAGCUGCUCUUUAAAUACUGUAUGUGAAACUUGGUGUUCUCUACAACAGAACACACAGAUCAAGCUCAUAAGCUGGAAAGCAAAGUGGUUUAAAUGAACACCUCCCUUCCUACAUCCCAGAACAGUCCACUACAUCGAUUCAAGUGUAAAUUUGUCCUAGAGGAAAAGAGUUAGUUCCUGGAGAGCAAUUCACAUCAGAGGGUCAGAUUCUGAUGAUACCUACAUAGGGCAAGUACUUUUACAGUCUAUAGAUUUUCCCAGAGAAGCUGGAGAAACAUGAUUUGAAGUGGUAUGGAGCAGGCAGAAGGGUGUCAUAAUGUGUCUUGGAACAUACACAGUAAUAUCAGUCACUCACAGUCCUAACUAUGAAUGCUUUCCUAGGCUCGAUCCUUGCAAGGAAGCAAUUUAACUUCAACCAGUCCGCCCGUGUUUGUGGUGAAAAUGGCGAAGGGCAACCUAGAAAGAAUGAGUCCCAGUAAUACAUUCAUUUACACUGAGGCAGUUUCAGGAUCCAUGUCAUUAACUUGUUCAUGAGAUUUUAAUUGAAGAGCACCUUAAAGAAUAUAGUAACCUUCCCAGAGUUAUCUAUAAAGAUGAUUGUCUACGUAUCAGACAGCUGAAUGUAGCUAUUCAAUUGAUUAAAGAAAGUCUAUGAUACAAAAAUGGCAACUUUUUUCAUAUGUAGUUCUGAAUUAUGUUCUCGUGUAUGCAAACAAUUGUGCCUGACAUUUGGUAAUUGUUAUUUCACAAGAUGCUAUUUUAUGUGUGUGUAUAUAUACAUAUAUAUACAUAUAUAUACUUUAUAUUUGCAGCUGACAAACCAGUACUACCUGAAUACCUGGUGCUGGAUAUUAAAUAAAAAUACAUAGCAUGUAAAAAAAAAAAGUUGAAAGAAAACUUUUCAAGGCAGCUAAUUAUGCUUUUACCAAAACAUUCAUAGUGAUGCCUCUGGACAGCCAACGAAAGAAUUAUUUUGUAAUGUUUAUACAUGGAUUUUUUUAAAAAAACAAAAACAUCAAAAACCAAAAAAAAAAACAAACCCUCUAGAAACAUAGGCAAUGUAAGACCAGCAAAAGCCAAACAGAAAUAGACCAGAUGAACUUGCUUGAGAACAUGGAUGUUACUGAAUUAUUACAAAAAAGCUUGUGAGGCAGGAGAGGAGAUAGGGAGAUGUGUAGCACUUCGUGGUGUCUGAGUUUCCAAUAUGUGAAAGCCACUCUGGUUUAUAGUGGUUCGAGCCAUGUCUUGAUGUCAUAGACUUUGUCUCAGGUAAAACUCCCAGUUGGGGCAGUAAGAUUUAUACUGGGGUAAAAUAGUUUAAUGAAAGUUUCUUGGUGUGCGUUUGUGGUAAAUUUACUAUUAUGUUUCAGUGACAUCACUUGGUGAUUUUUCUCCUUCUGUACACUGAGGGGUUUAAUAAUUUAAAAAUGUAAUUAAAUAAAUAAUCUAAACUGAGCUCCCAGGGGUAUUGCAAAAAAGUCACUAGACCUCAAAUUGAAAAAAAAACCCAAACAACCAAAAAACACCCAAACCAUCCCCUUCAUCCAAGCCAUAGUUUGUACUGGAGCAUCCAUCUAUUUCAAUUGAUGCCAACUGAUUCCUUAAGAGCUGUGCCAAAUGUUUAAAAAUAAACAAGCUACCAAAAAAGUAAAAAUUCUGCCUCACUAGGGCUUUAGUCUUUUCACAGGCUUUGGUAAGAACACAGCAAGCCUCUUUUGUGUAUAACCUGCUUUACAAUUAGAGUGCAACUCAACCUACAACUAUUGGGAUUUUGGAUGUAAGGUAUUCUCAGCUGAACUUACAUGAAGUACAUUUCUUAUUUUUGAAUAAAGAAAUGGCUGUUUUCAAUGCUAUCUACAACUGUGAUAUGGUUUUACAGAUAGAAAUUCAACACAUGUAAUACAAGGUGAUGUUAAUGACAGUAUCAUAAUACAAAACAGUCCUUGCUGUCACCUGCAAUAUUAGCAUGAUCUCAAAUUGAUGAGAGUUUGAAUUGACAGUUUUAAGUUAAUAUUUCCCUAAUAUUAAUGUCCUACCCUUUCUACUCAUAAUUCCCUUUCAUCCUUCAAAUGUAGAUAGCCUUAUGUCCUGAAAGUUGUUUUCAAAGUGAUUGUUGCCCAUAAAGGGUAUUCGGUUUUGCACUGCGUUAAAAAAAGAUAAAAUUCUUUUGCAUUCUAAUGUGCCUAAAGAAACAAACAAAAAAAUAAAUAAAAAAAUAUGCUGCCAUCUUGCAAAUUAGUAUGCUCUGUAAUCCUGUGUGCCUACAAGUCUGUUUCUUCAGAAAGUGCCCAUUGAAAAAUGAAGGGAUAGACUGCUGGUCACAAGACUUGCGUUAUCAAGCCACUUUAUGUAUCACCUUCUUGUAUGUACUAUAAAGCUAAUGCUUUUGUGUGCACUAUGUAGUCUAUCAAUGGAAAGUUCUUUGGAAUAGGCUCAGCUGCCAUAAUGUAUUUGUUGAAGUAUUCUGUUCUUUCACUGAUGCCUAUGAAAUUAUUGAUGUCUUUGUUCUGGUGAGGUAUUUUUUGUUUUGCACCUAAAAAAAGUUCUAAAAAAGUCCAAAUAAAAAAAUCCAGUAAGCUACCUUAUCGGUGCAAGAUUUUUAUCAGUGUAUUUGAUGUUGAAAAUAAAGAAUUAACCAGAA